AUGAAAGGGUUAUCGGGCAGCCGCAGCCAUCACCACGGAGUCACCUGCGAUUCGGCCUGUGACUCGCUGUCGCACCACGCAGACCGCAAGCCAUACCUGCUGAGCCCCGUGGAGCACCACCCGGCCGACCACCCCUACUACACUCAGCGUACCUCCUUCCAGGCCGAGUGCGUGGGCCCCUUCAGCGACCCGCUGGCCAGCAGCACCUUCCCGCGCCGGCACUACACCUCGCAGCAGGAGCUGAAGGACGAGUGCGCCCUGGUGCCUCGCACCCUGGCCACCAAGGCCAACCGCAUCCCCGCCAACCUCCUGGACCAGUUUGAGAGGCAGCUGCCUCUCAACAGGGAUGGCUACCACACAUUGCAGUACAAGCGCACGGCCGUGGAGCACCGCAGCGAUAGCCCCGGCCGCAUCCGCCACCUGGUCCACUCGGUCCAGAAACUCUUCACCAAAUCGCACUCCCUGGAGGGGCCGUCCAAGGGCAGCGUCAACGGGGGCAAGGCCAGCCCCGACGAGACGCAGACCGUGAGGUACGGCAAGCGCAGCAAGAGCAAGGAGCGCCGCCCCGAGCCCAAGCCCCGCAACAACGCUUCCCCGGGCUGGUGGAGCUCCGAAGACAACCUCGACGGCGACAUGUGCAUCUACCACGCCCCCUCGGGCGUGAUGACCAUGGGCAGGUGCCCCGACCGCUCGGCCUCCCAGUACUUCAUGGAGGCCUACAACACCAUCAGCGAGCAGGCUGUGAAGGCCUCCCGGAGUAACAACGAUGUCAAGUGCACCACCUGUGCCAACCUGCCCGUCACCCUAGACGCGCCGCUGCUGAAGAAGAGCGCCUGGUCCUCCACGCUGACCGUGAGUCGAGCCCGAGAGGUUUACCAGAAAGCCUCGGUUAACAUGGACCAGGCCAUGGUGAAAUCAGAGUCGUGUCAACAGGAACGUUCCUGCCAGUACCUUCAGGUCCCUCAGGAUGAAUGGACAGGGUACACCCCUCGAGGUAAAGAUGAUGAAAUUCCCUGCCGCAGAAUGCGGAGCGGCAGUUACAUCAAGGCCAUGGGAGAUGAAGACAGCGGGGACUCGGACACCAGCCCCAAGCCUUCUCCCAAAGUUGCUGCGCGAAGGGAAAGCUAUCUCAAGGCUACUCAGCCAUCCCUUACAGAACUCACCACACUCAAGAUCUCCAAUGAGCACUCCCCCAAACUCCAGAUCCGGAGUCACAGUUACUUGAGGGCGGUCAGUGAGGUCUCCAUCAACCGAAGCCUAGACAGCCUUGACCCUGCGGGCCUGCUCACAUCACCAAAGUUCCGCUCCAGGAAUGAGAGCUACAUGCGAGCCAUGAGCACCAUCAGCCAGGUGAGCGAGAUGGAGGUGAACGGGCAGUUCGAGUCGGUGUGCGAGUCGGUGUUCAGCGAGCUGGAGUCACAGGCAGUGGAGGCCCUGGACCUGCCGAUGCCCGGCUGCUUCCGCAUGCGGAGCCACAGCUACGUGCGCGCCAUCGAGAAGGGCUGCUCGCAGGACGACGAGUGCGUGUCGCUGAGGUCUUCCUCCCCGCCGCGUACCACCACCACCGUGAGGACCAUCCAGAGCAGCACGGGUGUCAUAAAACUGAGUUCUGCAGUUGAAGUGUCAUCUUGCAUUACAACAUAUAAGAAGACACCACCUCCAGUCCCACCCAGAACUACCACGAAACCUUUCAUUUCUAUCACAGCCCAGAGUAGCACAGAGUCGGCCCAGGACGCCUACAUGGAUGGACAGGGCCAGCGAGGGGAUAUUAUCAGCCAGUCUGGACUGAGCAACUCCACGGAGAGCCUGGACAGUAUGAAGGCUCUGACAGCCGCCAUCGAAGCCGCCAAUGCCCAGAUCCACGGCCCAGCAAGUCAACACAUGGGCAACAAUGCUGCCACCAUCACCACCACCACCACCGCCAUGGCCACCAUCACUGCAGAGGACAGGAAGAAGGACCACUUCAAGAAGAAUCGAUGCCUGUCCAUUGGGAUACAGGUGGAUGAUGCUGAGGAACCUAACAAAACAGGGGAAAAUAAAGCACCUAGUAAGUUCCAGUCCAUAGGAGUGCAAGUAGAAGAAGAGAAAUGCUUCCGCAGGUUCACUCGAUCCAACAGUGUGACGACGGCCGUGCAGGCCGACCUGGACUUCCACGAUAACCUGGAGAACUCUCUGGAGUCUAUAGAGGACAAUUCAUGCCCCGGCCCGGUGGCCAGACAGUUCUCCCGGGACGCCAGCACCUCCACGGUCAGCAUCCAGGGCUCAGGAAACCACUACCACGCCUGCGCGGCCGACGAGGACUUCGAUGCGGAUUUCGACCCUUCCAUUCUGCCGCCCCCAGACCCCUGGAUUGACUCAAUCACCGAAGACCCCCUGGAGGCCGUGCAGAGGUCAGUGUGCCACCGGGACGGCCACUGGUUUCUGAAGCUUCUCCAGGCGGAGCGGGACCGCAUGGAAGGGUGGUGUCAGCAGAUGGAGAGAGAAGAGCGCGAGAACAGCCUGCCCGAGGACAUUCUAGGGAAAAUCCGAACUGCAGUUGGCAGUGCCCAACUUCUUAUGGCCCAGAAAUUCUACCAGUUCAGAGAACUGUGUGAAGAAAACCUGAAUCCCAGCGCUCAUCCAAGGCCCACCUCCCAGGAUUUGGCGGGGUUCUGGGACAUGCUGCAGUUGUCCAUAGAAAAUAUUAGUAUGAAAUUUGAUGAACUUCAUCAGUUAAAGGCCAAUAAUUGGAAACAGAUGGAUCCUCUUGACAAGAAGGAGCGAAGGGCCCCUCCUCCAGUGCCCAAGAAGCCGGCGAAGGGCCCCGCGCCGCUGAUCCGGGAGCGCUCGCUGGAGAGCUCGCAGCGCCAGGAGGCCCGCAAGCGCCUGAUGGCCGCCAAGCGCGCCGCGUCCGUCCGCCAGAACUCGGCCACCGAGAGCGCCGAGAGCAUCGAGAUCUACAUCCCCGAGGCGCAGACCCGGCUCUGA